CUGUCAAAGCCCACAUAUAAACCACUGCCUCCGAGAGAGGCAGCAGCAGCAGCCUAGAAAGCCGUCUUGGUUCUCUAGACCACAGCCCUCCCCCUGCAAGAAGCUCCGUCUUCUUCUCAGGCUGCCUAGCAACAAGAAAGGAGGGUAAAUCCUCUCUACUAUUAUUUAAUUUAACGGGACCAUGUUCUUGUGGUGCUUUCUCCAAAGCCACCGAGAUUUGUCAGUACAGGCAUGGAUACAGACGGUUUAACACUGCAUUAGAGACAAAAGAAGAGAUCUGUGAAAGCUUUCAAUGCAGAGGAAGCUACCAGAAUACCAUCUCACAGUGCAAGAGGACAAUACUGGGGGAUAGUCUCACUUCCCAGCAGAGAUAUACAGAAUGUCCAUGACUGGAACAGGCGAAAGGGCAAGCUGCAAACAGAUGGACAGCAGGCAGAAGCAUACACAGAAGGGAGAUUUUUGAAGCAAGUGCGCAUGUUCAAGCUCUUUUUUGCCUAAGUGAUGACGUGCCAAAACUAUUCUCAAUAGGUGUAUUCCUACAACCAUGAAUUUGCUCAGUAAAAACAAAGAUCUUCCUCUAAGAAACGGUCAAUCAAAUAUAGAAACAUGAAAAAAGACACAAAAAUAGGACUGCCACACUAGUGUGUGUGGAGGAAUAAACAAGUAAUUUGUGCAUAUCAGUACAAUCACUUCAGGAUUUUAACAGCAUGCUUCAGUGGAGGAGACGCCAUUGCUGCCUUGCCAAAAUGACGUGGAAUAACAAACGGUCUCUUUUCCGGACACAUCUAACCGGGCUUUUGUCACUUGUGUUUCUGUUCGCCAUGUUUCUAUUUUUUAAUCACCACAACUCAUUCAUUGGCAGAGUUGGAAUUAAAGAAAAUCCAGUAACUCAUACGAUACGUGGUUUCAAAGCAGCUAAAAGUGAAACGAACAGCUCACUACGAAAUAUCUGGAAAGACGCUAUCCCUCAAACACUGAAGCCUCACACCACAUCCAAUUUAAGUAACACAGAGUCACAGCAGCAAGGUGUGACUGGCUUGGAGAAUACAUUAAGCACCAAUGGAAGUAUUUACAGUGAAAAGGGUUUUGGUCAUGAAAACUCAUACCAUUACAAAUACAUCAUAAAUGAGCCUGAGAAAUGUCUGGAGAAAAGGCCUUUCCUCAUAUUACUUAUAGCUGCAGAACCCCAACAAAUUGAGGCACGACAAGCUAUUAGACAGACCUGGGGGAAUGAGAGCUUGUCACCAGGAAUUCAAAUUUUAAGACUAUUUCUGUUGGGCGUGCACACCAAGCUAAAUGCGAUAACUGAACAGGCCAUAGUGGAUGAAAGCAGACAAUACCAUGAUAUCAUCCAACAGGAAUAUUUAGACACUUAUUAUAAUUUGACCAUUAAGACACUAAUGGGUAUGAACUGGGUAUCCACAUACUGUCCCUAUGUCCCAUAUGUUAUGAAGACAGACAGCGACAUGUUUGUUAAUACCGAAUAUUUAAUUAACAAACUUCUGAAGCCAGACCAACCCCCAAAAACCAACUACUUUACAGGGUAUUUAAUGAGAGGUUAUGCACCCAACCGCAACAAAGACAGCAAAUGGUACAUGUCGCCAGAAUUGUACCCCAGUGAGCGUUAUCCUGUGUUUUGUUCUGGGACUGGUUAUGUGUUCUCUGGAGACCUGGCAGGAAAGAUAUUUAAAGUCUCUUUAAGCAUCAGAAGGUUACAUUUGGAGGAUGUGUAUGUUGGUAUUUGUCUUGCAAAGUUACGUAUUGACCCUAAACCCCCACCCAAUGAGUUUGUAUUCAAUCACUGGAGAGUUUCCUACUCUAGCUGUAAGUAUAGUCACCUAAUUACCUCCCAUCAGUUCCAGCCUGGGGAAUUGAUCAAAUAUUGGAAUCAUUUACAACAAAAUAAGCACAAUGCCUGUGCCAAUGCAGCCAAGGAAAAAGCCAGUAGGUAUCGACAUCGCAAAAUGCACUAAAGACUAUUAAAAAGAAAACUCAAUGUGCAAUUAAAUCUGAAAGCAUGUGCUGUGGCAAACUUUUCUGGCUGUAAAUGGAGUGAAAAAAAUUAUUUUUUUAUUUCAAGAAUCAUAUAAAUUGUAUAUGGGAAAAACCAGGUGAGAUAAGAAAAGUGCGUUAAAAUGUUGUGUGUUUAACCUGUGCAAUAAGAAGCAUGCACACUUCAGUGGUACACCUGCUAUUUUAUGUGCCAAUAAAAUACAAAUUAACACAUUUUCCACAAAAA